AUGGAUGACCCGUUCAAGAAUCACCUCUUCGCCAUCCUUAGUUCGAAUGGAAAUAGUCGGACCGCACAUGCACAGAUUUCGGCCUACGAAGGCCCACGAGAUGCGCAAAUCGAUUUUAUUUUGAGUCAAGUCGAACAUCUGCUUCAAGUUGGUGCCUCAGCCGCUGCAAGAGUCAGCAAGACAAAGCUCUCUCUCUCAAUUUGCCCUACUUGCAGCUCUCCGGCCCAGGAGCCGGUAACAUCGAAUGAGAACUCAGGAGGGCCACCUUCUCCGUCCAGCACAAGUCGUCCGCGGGACGAUGUAGAGAAUGAACUACAACAGGUCAAGAAUCAGAUGCGAGACGUAGCACGUGUCUGCAAAGCCAUGGCUGUGGGGGACCUGAAGCAAAAGUUGACGACUCCUGUUCAGGGCAAACUCAUGAAUGAGCUGAAGCAGGAUCUCAACUCAGUAGUCGACAACAUGAACAGUUUAUCUUCGGAAGUAAUGCGCAUAAGUUCCGAAAUCGGAAUUCAAGGCCAGUUGGGUGGGCAAGUGUCAGCUUACGGCGCGGAGGGAGCUUGGAGAGAGAUGGUGGAUAACCUCAACACGAUGGCAGCGACUGUGACACAGCAAGUUCGCUCCGUCUCCGAAACGACACGCGCGUUGGCCACAGGAGAUCUGACAAUGGCCAUUUGUACCGAGGCCAAUGGAGAAUGGCUGGACCUCAAAGUCACCAUCAACAGCUUACUGGAGAGACUCCGAUUGUUCGCGGAUGAAAUACUUCGAAUAACACUCGAAGUCGGUGUUGAGGGAAGAUUCGGUGGGCAAGUGGAGGUACCAGAUAUGGAGGGCACAUGGGAACAACUGACCAACAACAUUAACCGCAUGGUCGCUAAUCUAACUGUGCAGUUACGAUCCAUUUCAUUUGUGAUUCACAGGGUCGGUUUAGGCCAUUUCGAUGAGAUGGUCGAUGUCCAAGCUUGGGGGGAAAUGCUCAGCACCAAGCUCGUUGUUAGCGAGAUGGUGACACGUCUCCGACACUUGUGCAGCGAGCUCAUUCGCGUCACACAAGAAAUUGGGAGGGAGGGAAGGCUUGGUGGACAAGCGCAUGUCGAAGGGUUUGGAGGAACUUGGGCAGAACUUGUAGACGGCGUCAACGAAAUGACAACCAAUUUAACCAAUCAACUCCGAGCGACUACCUUGGUUAUGAAAGGCGUCGCUUCAGGUGAUUGCUCGAAGACCCUCGAGCCCGUGGCUACUGGAGAGCUGCGUGAACUUGAACUCGCCACCAAUGGUAUCGUGCUGCAAUUUCAGAGCCUAUCGAACGGAGCCAAGCGUGCUGUUCUCGAAGGGAAGACGAUCGCGGGAACUGUGGGCACCGGUGAAGGGUCAUGGAGCUGA